AUGUUUCGCUGGAGCUUUUGGGUCCUUGUGACUCUUGUUCAUACACAUCUCUUAUUUUUGGAAGGCGCGGUCGCGGACAGCGUUGGAAAAUGUCGAUUCCCACGGCUGGUUGAGGCGACAGUGGAUCAGCUUCAAGCUGGUCUCCAGAAGGGUUGCUUUGAUAGUGUGGAUUUGGUCAAUGCGUAUGUCGGUCGAAUUGACGAGGUUGAUUCGACUUUUGGCACGGUGUUGGAGAUGAACCCGCAUGCGCUGAAUAUCGCGAGACAGCUUGAUCGCGAGAGACAACAAGGUCGCAUUCGGGGUCCGCUGCAUGGACUGCCGGUUUUGAUCAAGGAUAUGAUAGGCACAAACGAUAGGAUGGAAACCGCAGCUGGCUCCUGGGCGCUCGUCGGAUCCAAGGUUUCUGCCGAUUCAACUGUAGUGGCGAAACUCCGAGACAACGGCCUGAUCAUCCUAGGCAAGACGAGUUUGUCGGAAUGGGCCAACUUCCGCUCGUUAAACUCGUCUAACGGGUGGAGUGGCCGAGGGGGCAAUACGUACGGAGCGUAUUAUCCCGAUCAGGACCCAAAUGGAAGUUCGAGUGGCAGUGCUGUUGCGACUGACUUGGGUCUUAUCCCGUUUGCUUUGGGAACCGAGACGGCUGGGAGUAUCUUGCUUCCAGGUGAUAGAAACAACGUUGUCGGCAUCAAGCCAACUGUUGGGCUUACAUCACGGUAUAUGGUCAUCCCUAUUAGCGAGCGCCAGGAUACUAUUGGGCCUUUGGCUCGAACCGUCAAGGACGCAGCCGUUCUGUUGCAAGCUAUUGAUGGUCAGGACCCAAGAGACAAUUACACCUUGGCCUCGCCGUUCGGUCAAAGUCUUCCAGACUACCUGGCGGCUUGCAAGCUGUCUGGGCUCCAAGGCAAGCGGAUUGGUAUCCCUCGAAAUGUCAUCGACUAUCUGGGCCCAGCAGAAGCUCCAAUAAUCUCGGCCUUCGAAACAGCAGUGUCCGUGAUAAGCACUGCAGGCGCUGUCAUAGUCGAUAAUACAAACUUCACAGCAUACGGCACCUUCUAUGAUAGCCUAAACCCUGCCAUUGUUGAGGCGGCCGACUUUACGACGAACAUCGCAACUUAUCUGUCGAAACUGAAACGAAACCCGAAUAAUAUUCACAGCGUGGAGGAUAUCAGGGACUUUACCCAGCGUACGCCAUUGGAGGACUACCCGUCGCGCGACACGGGGAUAUGGGAUCAAGUGAUUGCUCUUGGACUGAACAACACAUCGCCGGCCUUCUGGCCCUUGUAUCAGGACACCCUCUACUUCGGCAAGGAAGGAGGCUUGCUAGGGGCUCUGUUGCGCAACAAGCUCGAUGCCGUCAUUCUCCCUACUGUUGUCGCCUCUGGCAUCCCUGCGAUUAUCGGUACGCCGGUUAUCACCGUGCCCCUCGGGGCAUAUCCAGACGGAACUCCGGUUGAACGCAACAGCCGCGGUGACCUAGUGCAACGUGCCCCUGGAAUCCCUUUCGGGAUCAGCUUUCUCGGACCGAAGUGGAGCGAAGAGCAGCUGAUCGGGAUGGCCUAUGCAUUCGAGCAGCGUGCGCUCGUCCGUAAUAAGUUGGGACGCUAUCGGGAGGCAUGUACCGAGCUAGAAGACAUGAUUUAGCUCUGAAGUCUGUAGGAGGUCAAGUUAGGAGGU